GAUUUAAAACUCACAAAUCCUGUCUGAGUUGUCCAAGGGACAUUAUUAACAAAGAGACUAAAUAAAAGGGAUUAUCACUGGCUUUCUUUCUUUCGAGCCUCGUGGGUCCGCAUCCAUCAAUUUUGUCCUUGCACUUUUUUUCCGAUUAUACUAAUAUCAAAACGUCUCUAGCUCCUCUUUCUAAUAAGCCGGUGGUAAUUUAACUUUGUUUGAGAACUAACCGAAAAAAGAAAAAACAAGGGAACCUAACAACAUAUGGCGUACAGGAGAAGGCAGGGGAUCGGCAAUUUUGCCACUUUCAAGGAGGAUCAGCUUCCACCGGAGAGCAUCAAAGAGAGAUCACCGCCAGCUCGAUCCUUCACAACGCGUGAGUCCCCUGCUUUUGACCAACCCAGAUCUAAGAACUUUACGGCAUACGCGACCGAGCCAAAGAGCUUGUGGGGAGUCAUAGCCCACAAAGCAAAAUCUGUGAUUGAAGAUGAUAAAUCUAGUGAUACUACGACCUCAACAACUUCUCAGUCCCGGCGGUUUUCAUACCUAUCAGAUGAAGGUUUCAAGAAAAUGGAUAAUCCCAAGCUUCGGAGAGGGCUGGAUAAGCUCACAUCUUCUCUUAAUCAGAUCGGUGACACUUUUGAGAAAGCCUUUGAGGAAGGCCGAACACUCGUUGAGAACAAAACAGCUGAUAUCAUCCAGGAAACUCGAAAACUUCAAACCAGACGAAGAGGAACUGUUGGUGAAGAUGAGAUUCAGAAUCAAUCUUACGGAGUAAGUUCCUCAUGGAAAAAGUCUCCAGAGCAGCAGCCAAUGCAGUUAAAUCAUAUGGAGCAUGAAACUCAACUCAAGGCAUCUCGCGAUGUGGCGAUGGCCACCGCUGCUAAAGCAAAACUCCUCCUCCGUGAGCUGAAAACUAUGAAAGCAGAUCUUGCAUUUGCGAAAGAGCGUUGCGCUCAGCUUGAAGAAGAGAACAAACACCUGAGGGAGAAUCACCGUGAGAAAGGAAACAACCCUGCAGAUGAAGAUUUGAUUCGGCUCCAGCUGGAGAGCCUCCUGGCAGAGAAAGCACGGUUGGCUCAUGAAAACUCGAUUUAUGCAAGGGAGAACCGGUUCUUGAGGGAGAUAGUAGAAUACCACCAGCUCACGAUGCAGGACGUUGUGUACAUAGACGAGGGCAGUGAAGAGGUGACAUCUGUUUACCCUUUUGUAUCAACCUCGAUGACUUCUUCACCUGCGGAUGAGGGCACACAGUCUCCGAGUCGAGAGAUGAUUAAAGAGAUCAUCGUAGUCGCUGAAGAAAGCAGUAUGUGUCCAAGUGUGGUUUCAGCUUCUUAAAUUCAUUGAUAUUGAAAUUAUUAUUUAUUUGUUUCUGUCGUGCUUGUGCAUUCACAGACUAUUUUUUGCUACGUAAUAUAAAAGGUGAUUUCAUUCA